AGACCUGAAAGUGGCACAUGGCAGAGUGUGGCGAUGGAGACAGCAGCAAUGGGAGGCCGUACAGCACCCUAUGUCAAAAAAAUUGAACACACCAGCAGUGUGAGGAGACCUGAAAGUGGCACAUGGCAGAGUGUGGCGAUGGAGACAGCAGCAAUGGGAGGCCGUACAGGGACCCAUGAGAGACUCUGGACCUGGCAGCAGCAUGAGGAGGCGGUACAGGGGCCCAUGGCAGAUUAGGGGCCUGGCAGCAGCUAUGGGAGGCCCGUAAUCUGCCAGCACCCUAUGUCAAAAAAUGGAACACACCAGCAGUGUGUGUGAGGAGACCUGAAAGUGGCACAU